AUGGUGACCGAAACGGGACUUGGCGACACGCCGUCGAAAAAUGCCUAUGUGACGCUCCUCACGCGGCCCUCCUAUCUUGCCGGUGCUAUACUCCUCGCCUACACACUGAACAAGCAUUCACCGUCUACGCCGCUGAUUAUAUGCUACACCCCCGAGACCCUUCCAGAAUCCUCGGUCAAUGCUUUUGCCGCUGAAGCCAAGCACUCCAACCUCAUCCUACAGCCUGUCGAGCAUCUCCGCCUGCCUGAGGACGGGACCGCCCAUGGCAUGGUCGCCGAGCGCUUCAUUGACACAUGGACAAAGUUGCGAGUCUUUGACUUGUGGGACAUGGAGCAAAAUUGGGAGCGGCUGUGCUGGCUCGACGCUGAUAUGAUGAUCUUCUCGGACCCUUCGCCCUUAGUAUUCAACCAGCACAACGACGACUACCUAACUGGAGGCGACGGCAUGAGAACAAUGGCCGUACACACGUGCGUCUGCAAUCUCGACCAUGAUUCCUGGGCCCCAGCAGAAUGGACAAAAGAAAACUGCGCAAUGACGCCUCUGACCGCGCCCGACCAACUGGCUCAAGUCAAGCCAGAACCCUACACGCUCUCCAACUUCAACUCUGGCACGUUUCUCUACCGCCCAUCGAAAGCCCUAGCAGAUUUCGUGCAGCAAAAGUUUGAACAGCUCGGCAAUGCCAAACUGCGCGCCAUGAAAUUCCCCGACCAGGAUUUCCUCAACGAAGCCUUUGAUGGCCGCUGGUCGCCGCUCUCGUGGCGCACAAACGCCCUCAAAACAUGGCGCUACUGGCACCCCAACAUCUGGACCGACGACGCCCAAGUCGCCGUUCUGCACUACAUUGUCGACAAGCCGUGGGCCGCGCGCAACAAGCCCGACGGCACGGCAGGCUAUCUGGGAAAAGACGGCGAGACGCACAAGUGGUGGUGGGACGAAUUUGAGCAGUGGCAUGCAGAGCGAGAUGCACAGGGCGAAACAGGCUUGUUGCACAUUGUGCACAAGUACGUGGCGAGUGCCGAUGGCAAGGAGAAUGCAGAAAUGAAGGCUAUUGGCGGUGGAGCCCAGGACUACGCGAAGAAGUGGGAUGAGAAGACUGAGAUAGACAAGCAUGCAAAUACCACGGGCGCCGACCUGCAAUUGACAGAGGCCGCGCAGAAACUGGCGGAUGAGUAUGGUCAGGGAUCCCAUGGACCCAUACUCCGGAAGCCCAUGCUGGGCGAAAAGGGACAUGGGCCGGUUGUUCAUGCGAGGCGUGGGUAG